UGUUGUUUUCUUAACACUUGUGCAGCAUUAAUGGGAGUGGUUUUUGUUUGUUAAUUUUAUAAAGUUUAUAUUGUUUAAAUUGAUCGUAUAUGAUGAUAAAAUCCUGGCAGAUAGCCCUUCUGGCCUUAGCUGCCGUGUAUCUUUGCGGACAAGUUAACUUUGUGUCUGGUCUGGAGUGCUACGUCUGCUCCAAUCAAACAGGCAAUACGGAAAAGUGUCUGAAUACGAUUAAAACGUGUGCGCCCUUUGAAAAUGUGUGCGGCACCGAAAUACGUUGGGGAAGUCAGCCCUAUUUCUCAGAGGGAGCUCUGAAGCAAUAUUAUGUGUCCAAGCGUUGCAUGACCAAGGAGCAGUGCCAAUCCAAACGUAAGCGUUAUAUGCAGCUGUAUUGCACACACAUUUGGUACGAGGAUUGGGCCUGCAAUGAAUGUUGUCAGGGAGAUCGCUGCAAUUAUUUUGUGAUUAGUGGUGCUCCCACAUCAAGUUAUACGCACAAGGGCCUGUUUGUAGGAAUCUUGGCCCUAAUUUUUUCUGCUUGGUUCUGGCAACGUUCCUAACCAGCAACGUAAAAAGCUCAAACUCCUUUUAAAAACAUUCCCACUUCAGAAAAGUCGAAUAUUAUUGUCAGGGAAUGCAUCAGAUCCGUAAAAUCCAAAAUUAACAUUGAAAAGGUUCUGAAUUUUCUGCCGAAAAGCUGGUCGGAUGUCCACAUCAGCAGUUUAUAGUGCCUUUUAGCUAAAAAUGGUUUGCCCAAUGUUCAAUUCUAAUUAUUUAAACAAGUUUCCCAUUAUUUAUUUUCGAAAUAUUUGAUGACAGUGCGACCAAAGUUAAUGCAACUUGAUACAAUUUAACAAUUCCAUUCCCUGAUUUUAGCAUUUUUUACAUUAUUCCGUCCACAUUAGUUAUUAGAAUUACAAACAUUCUUUUGUAUCGUCCAUUCUGUUAUAGAAAAGUGCCUUUUUCGAAACUUUUUUUAGAAUAAUUAUAAGUACAAACUCGAAUAUUUCUUGAUAAGAUUUUUUAAAACGAAAAUCAAGUUAAAACGAAACUCAAAUAAACCAACUUCGGCGUCAGUUCGGCGCUUUAAUAUAUUCAGGAAGAAAAA